AUGCGCGCAAAACGCUCGAAACAGUACCGCAAACUGAUGCGGCAGUACGAACACCUGGGCUUCCGCAAACCCUACCAAGUCCUCAUCGACGCCCAACUAAUCCGCGACGCCGCCAAAUCUAAGCUCCAGCUCGGCAAACUACUCGAAGAUGCCCUCGGAGGCGCAGAAAUCAAACCCAUGAUCACGCAAUGCUGUAUCCGACAUCUCUACAAUUCACCCGCGGAGACAGACGCCGAGAAGAGGGAAAAGGACGGCUGGAUCGAGGUCGCAAAGGCUGCGGAGCGCAGACGCUGCGGUCACCACGAGCUGGAGGAGCCGCUGAGUGCGCUGGAGUGUCUGCUGAGUGUGGUCGAUCCGAAGGGGAGUGGGACGAACAGACAUCGGUAUGUGGUUGCGAGCCAGGAGCAGGAGGUGAGGGUGAAGAUGAGGGGGAUUGUGGGGGUGCCGUUGGUUUAUCUGAAGCGGAGUGUGAUGAUUCUGGAGCCGAUGGCGGGGGUGACGGAGCAAGCGAGGGAUAAGGAGGAGAGGGAGAAGAUGAGGGCAGGGUUGAAAGGGAGGAGAAGCGCGCAGGCCGGGGACAAGAGGAAGGCUGAGGAGGAUGGGGAGGGUGAUGCUGCCGCUGCUGUUACUCAGGAAGCGGUUUCCGGAGAUCAGAGCACGCCUGCGCCCAAGAAGAGGAAGAUUGGCGGUCCGAAAGGGCCGAACCCUCUGAGCAUGAAGAAGCCGAAGAAAGAGAAGGAGAACGAGAAGAAGACUGUGGCUAGAGAGGUAGAGGACGAGCGAUCCACGAUACGAAAGGCCGAGAAGACUGAUCCUCAAGCGAGUGAGAAGGCGGUCGCCGCAGAGAGGGUUGUACAGGGCGCCGGACCUAGUGAUGACAAGGCUGAAGGUUCCCGCAAGAGGAGGAGGAAACGGAAGCAUACAGAGGCUGAAGGUGGAGGCGAAAAUGUUCCUAACAUUGCCGCAUGA